AUGGCAUUCAACGUGGCUGCCAGAUACGCCAUGCGUGCUGCUGCACGCUCGCAGCUCGCACCUGCUCACGCCGCCCUCCCGAAAGCCAUUGUCGCUCCCAGCAGCGUCCGAUUCCUCGCCACCCCGCCGCCCAAGAAGUCGUCGUCGUCGUCGUCGYCCAAAUCCAAACCCUCUUCUUCUUCGUCCGCAGCACAGUCCAAAACCUCCGACGCACCGUCCGCAGAGCAGCCUACGCCAGAGCCGGAAGUCGACACGCGCCGUGACUCGUCGAUCUUUGACCUCGACACGUCGGCCAUGCCAGUGGCAUCACAGCUAAUCGAGCAGACGGAUGACAAGGCGGGCAAGUCCGGCAGCACGGGUGCCAAGGCCAAGACGGGCGCACGCUCCAUGUCGUCCAUCGAACGCCGUCGGCAGCAAACGGUGCGCCUGUUCGGCGGUCUCGUGCUCGCCGGCGCCAGUCUGGUCGCCUACAACCUUGGCCGGCCGUGGGACAACGAGGCGGAGGCAGAGCGCUUCAAGGACGCACCCAACGCCGACUCGUUCUUUGGCCGCAUCCAGCUUCGCACCGCCGCCAUGUACGAGGACUUUAACAAGCCCGUGUUUGACCAGCUGCUGCCCGACCCGCUGCCGUUCCCCUACUCGAGGCCGUAUACGAUGGUGAUCGACCUGGACGAUCUGCUGGUGCACUCGGAGUGGUCGCGCGAGCACGGCUGGCGCACAGCCAAGCGACCGGGCCUCGACUUUUUCCUGGGCUACCUGUCGCAGUUCUACGAGAUUGUGCUCUUCACCACGCAGCCCUUCUUCACGGCGGGACCGAUCAUCGAGAAGCUCGAUCCGGACCGCCGCUUUGUCGCCUACACGCUCUUCCGCGAGUCGUGCCGCACGGUGGACGGCAAGCUCGUCAAGGACCUCUCGCAUCUCAACCGCGACCUGAGCAAGGUGGUUGUGGUCGACACCAAUCCGGACUCGUUCCACCUGCAUCCGGAGAACGGCAUCCUGAUCAAGCCGUGGAAGGGCGAUCGUGCCGACCGCGAGCUGGUGGGGCUCGUACCGUUCUUUGAGGCGAUUGGGAUCUACGCGAUUGACGACGUGCGCAAUACGAUCAAGGCGUAUGCGGGCACGCACAUUGCGUCAGAGCACGCACGACGUGCGGCGCAGAUCCGCGAGCAGGAGCUGGCCGACAACCGCGCACGCGCCCAGCGGCUGGGCAAGCUCGGCGCCGUGUUUGGCGGCGUCUCGCGCGGCGCCAACGCAGGCCUGCCGGCGGACAAGACCAUCUACGAGCUCGAACACGACCGAUACCUCCAGGCGUACCUCGAGGACCAGAAGUACUGGGCCGAAAACGGCGAGGCGCUGCGCAAGCAGGCCAAGGAAGAACAGGAACGACAGAUCCGCGAAAUGAAACUCAACACCUGGGGCUUCUUCACCGGCGGCAUGAAGCCGGGCGCCGGCCAGGACCAGGACCAGCCGUCAAAGUAG